CCUAGGCAGCUAUUUACCGCGAAAAGGCCGCCACAGCGCACAAGACCCAGCCGAGCGGCGGAGCGGAGUCGUGCGGUCCCGCGUCGUUGAGAGGGUGAGAGGAAAGCGAGGAGAGCGUGAGCUCAGGCCGUUGCCUCGAGGUUCUCGCCGCUCUCCCUGCCCGGCCCCCGUGUUUGUUUGGAUUUAAUCUUCUGGUUGCCGGCGCCCGCCCGCCCCCGGCCUCGCGGGGUGAGCGCCGCAUCCGUGCGUGGGGUGGGCGCCUGCUGCGCCCCGACUCCCACCCGCCCGCGCCGCCCGCCCGCGGCCGCCGCGUCUCUGAACCGCGGGGUCGUGUUUGUGUUUGAGCCGCGGGCGCCGGCGAUUGGGCGCGCGGCCGAGGCCGGUGCCAGAGGGUGGGCGCGGCGGAGGAGGAGGGAGGCCGGGUGCCGCCAUGGAACUGGGCCCGGAGCCCCCGCACCGCCGCCGCCUGCAGUUCGCCUGCAGCCCCCCUUCCACGCCUCAGCCCGUCGUGAAGGCGCUGUUCGGCGCGCCCGCCGCCGGGGACCUGUCGCCUGUCACCAACCUGACGGCCACCAUGGACCAACUGCAAGGACUCGGAAGCGCCUGUGAGCCGGCCCCGGACGCGAAGAACGGCAGCCUCCAGAGAAUGGGCUCCUCCGAGUCCACCGACUCAGGCUUUUGUCUGGAUUCUCCUGGGCCCUUGGACAGUAAAGAAAACCUUGAAAUUUCCAUGAGAAGACUAAAUUCUCUACCGCAGAAACUCUUGGGGUGUAGCCCAGCUCUGAAGAGGAGCCUUUCCGAUUCUCUUGACCAUGAAGUUUUCCAGCUGGUUGAUUCAGACGAAAACAAGGAGAACGAAGCCUUUGAGUUUAAGAAGCCAGUAAGACCUGCAUCUCGUGGCUGCUUGAACUCUCAUGGACUUGAGAGCAAAGAUCACCUCACACAGAGGCAAAACUCUUCCCCUGCUUGGAUGUUUUCCUCAAGUGAGAGAGAUGGCAGCGAAUCGGGAAGUUUUAAGCCACAGUCGCCUGGGACUGCUGCUUUGUCAGAUGAGGAUGAUGGUUUCAUGGAUCUUCUUGAUGGAGAGAAUCUGAAGAAUGAUGAAGAGACCUCAUCCUGCAUGGCAAGUUUAUGGACAGCUCCCCUUGUUAUGAAAAGAAAUGCCAACUUUGGUAACCGAUGCAGGCUGUCUGACUCCCCUUCCACAUUCAGCUCCGCCACCCGGUUAGCUCUGAAAAGACCUGAGCGAUCUCAAGAGGAGUCCCCACCUGGAACAACCAAGCGGAGAAAGAGCGGGGGUGCGGCUUACCCUCAAGAAGUAGCCAGUCCAGAGAAGUCACAAGAGACUUUAUAUCAGUCUUUAUCCCCGGCAUCUUCCCCUAAAGAGACUAUUGAGAACCUUUUGGAUAAUGAUCCAACAGACCUUAUAGGAGACUUCUCCAAGGGUUAUCUGUUUCACACAGUUGCUGGGAAACACCAAGAUUUAAAAUAUAUCUCUCCAGAAAUUAUGGCAUCUGUUCUGAACGGCCAGUUUGCCAGCCUCAUUAAGGAGUUUGUCGUCAUCGACUGCCGUUAUCCAUAUGAGUACGAGGGAGGCCACAUCAAGGGUGCAGUGAACUUGCACAUGGAAGAGGAAGUUGAAGAGUUCUUACUCAAGAAGCCCAUUGAACCUACGGAAGGGAAGCGUGUCAUUGUUGUGUUCCACUGCGAGUUUUCUUCAGAGCGAGGUCCUCGAAUGUGCCGGUAUGUGAGAGAGAGAGACCGACUUGGUAAUGAGUACCCCAAGCUCCACUACCCCGAGCUGUAUGUCCUGAAGGGCGGGUACAAGGAGUUCUUCCAGAAGUGCCAGUCUCUCUGUGAGCCCCCCAGCUACCGGCCCAUGCACCAUGAAGACUUUAAAGAAGACUUGAGGAAGUUCCGCACCAAGAGCAGGACCUGGGCAGGGGAGAAGAGCAGACGGGAGAUGUACAGCCGCCUGAAGAAGCUCUGAGGGACAGUGCCGGCAGCAGCAGAAGCCUCCGGCCAUCCCUCCCCCCCGCCUGGGUUUUCUUCAAAGAUAUUUGACAAAAGAAGUCCGCGAGAAGUCCUGGCGCUUCCGUGCUUUAGCACCCCCACGCCCCCGCGGCUGAAGCCCAGAGCACCUGCUGGCUGUGCCUCUUCUGUCCCUGCAAGGACUGCCGAGACUGGGUGCCACAGAGGACUCCGGGCACCGACUCAACACUGGCCCCUGGACUUCACUCUGAGGGGAGGGGAGAGGGCGUGGAGAGGAAGGAGGAGGGGAGAGAGGCGCCGCUGUCAGAUACCAAAGACUGCCUGGAGAGGGAAGGGCUGCGCAGAUAACCCAUGUCUUUAAUUUAUUCACUUUCGUCAAUCACUUUAUUAAUUAUUUUUCUAAUUCCUGGAGACUUUUAUUUAAUGGCUUCUUUAAGUCAAAAUACUGCCAUUCUAGGUAGGGCUUUAGUAUCCCAGGUACUACCUCUGCUUUUAUUUAGUUUUUUUAAGGAUGGGGGAAGAAGAGGCAAAGGGGUGAUUGUGGGGCAGAGGGCUAGUUGCUCGGUCGCCCCAGGAGGCGCUGCAGGACUGGGGCUGCUGCUAUGGAAAGACGAGGACUGAGGUGUUCUUGGAGCAUCACCAGGCUCAGGCUAGAGCUCCCUGACCGACGUCUGUUGGGAGCGGGACUCUGCUCUUUAUCCCAGUGGGCCUGUGAUAAUGGCUCGCGUGGGAGUCGCGGUCGGGAAGGCACUUCAGUCAGCUUCUGUUGGGCUACCAGAACCCCAGUUCAGCGUUGGCGCGCCGCGGAUAGGCAUCCAGAGAGGGGAAGCUACAGAGGAAGGCAAGGUACACUGUCUUCCUUCCGAUACUCUUUGACAGCUUUUAUUUUGAUUUUUUUUUUUAAAAAAAAAGUUAUUUUAUGAGUCAAGGAGUAUUGAAUCAGUGUUUGCUGGGCUGUUGUGGGUUGAACAGAGUGGCUGGAAGCCCCGUCAUGAGAAGGAAGCAGGUACUAGCAUAGUUUCUCACAAGGCAGUGUGGUGGGUUUUUUUGAAGGUAAAAACUUUAUGAGUUUAUCAUGUUUUAAUUUAAGGGACAGGGAGUGAUAAUCACUACUUGCCUCAUCAUCUAACCCCAUGGAGUGUGGAUCUCCAAAUAAAAAAAAUCAAUACACCUCCCAUCCAAGGAGCUAGGGCUAAUUUGGCUUGAUUCUAGACAAGCCUGUUUGGCUCCUACCCACCCCACCCCUAGGCACUGGCCGCUUCCCCAGUUUUGUUCCAUUGGGGUGUAGUCAAGAUCUGAAAUGCAAGAGUCAGUCUCCCCUUGGGGUGGGGAGGGAAUCAGUGAUAUUGAAGACAGCAGCUUGCUGUGCUUUGGGUAUGAGUUACAUUUGGCUGUAAAACAAUCUUGUUAGAAAAAAUCUGGAGAAUAAGGGAGCAAGGAGGAAUGCCCCCCACACAUUGAGACGCACCUCAGUUGGUCUCUCAUCUUGUUUGUAGGGUUCAUUUGGUAGAAUGCUUGAAGAGGGGAGUGGGUGGCCUUCGGAUUGUACCAACUUCUGAAAAUAGAAACAAUCUUAAACCCAU